GGCGUCCAAGCCUUGGUGGUCAGCGCAGACUUAAAGUGAACGAGCGCGCACUUCCAACGGCCAUUCAGUCGGAAGAGGGGACACAGUGAAGGUGUGCUGCUGUGCCGUUUAGUCAUCCCUCCCUCUGACCGGUUAAUAGAUAGAUACCCCCGUCGCUGUUGUUUUACUCCCCCCCAGUUAAACGGUUAGAUCGAUCAUGUACCGGUACUUCGGGGAGCUGUUAUCCCGCGGGGCGGGCAGUGCCCUGGCCUCGGGCUGCGUGGAAUCUGCUCUCCCAGCAUCGGCCGCUCUGAUGCGGGUCCGACAGUAUAGCGAGCAGCCCGACGACCCCAACUUCUUUCGUAUGGUGGAGGGUUUCUUCGACCGCGGAGCCGCCAUCGUUCAGGACAAGCUUGUUGAGGACCUGAAGAGCAGGGAGACCCCCGAGCAGAAGAUGAAACGAGUGAAGGGGAUUCUCCGCAUCAUCAAGCCCUGCAACCACGUCCUCAGCGUCUCUUUCCCCAUCAAGAGGGACAACGGAGAGUGGGAGGUAGUGGAGGGCUACCGCGCACAGCACAGCCAGCACAGGACGCCCUGCAAGGGGGGGAUCCGUUACAGUGAAGAGGUGUCUGUUGAUGAGGUGAAGGCUCUGGCCUCUCUGAUGACAUACAAGUGUGCCGUGGUCGAUGUACCAUUCGGGGGGGCUAAAGCUGGUGUCAAGAUCAACGUCAAAAAUUACUCUGACAAUGAGUUGGAGAAGAUCACUAGAAGGUUCACCAUUGAGCUGGCCAAGAAAGGUUUUAUUGGGCCUGGUAUUGAUGUUCCUGCUCCUGACAUGAGCACUGGAGAGAGAGAGAUGUCCUGGAUCGCUGACACAUAUGCCAACACCAUCGCACACACUGACAUCAAUGCCCACGCGUGUGUGACAGGCAAGCCCAUCAGUCAGGGUGGGAUCCACGGGCGUAUCUCGGCCACCGGUCGCGGAGUGUUCCACGGAAUUGAGAACUUCAUCAACGAGGCGUCCUACAUGAGCAUGUUGGGCCUGACCCCCGGCUUCCAGGACAAGACCUUCAUCAUCCAGGGCUUUGGUAACGUGGGUCUCCACUCCAUGCGGUACCUCCACAGGUACGGUGCUAAGUGUGUGGGCAUCGCUGAGUAUGACGGCAGCAUCUACAACCCAGAGGGCAUUGACCCCAAGCAGCUGGAGGACUACAAACUGCAACACGGUUCGAUCGUAGGUUUCCCCGGGGCUAAGCCAUACGAGGGCAGCCUUCUGGAAGCUCAGUGUCACAUCCUGAUCCCUGCCGCCAGCGAGAAGCAGCUCACACGAAACAACGCCCACAGGAUCAAGGCCAAGAUCAUUGCUGAGGGAGCCAACGGCCCCACCACCCCUGAUGCUGACAAGAUCUUCCUGGAGAACAAUGUCAUGGUCAUCCCUGACAUGUACCUGAACGCAGGUGGUGUGACAGUGUCCUACUUUGAGUGGCUGAAGAACCUGAACCACGUCAGCUAUGGACGACUCACCUUCAAAUACGAGAGAGACUCCAACUACCACCUCCUCAUGUCUGUUCAGGAGAGUUUGGAGAGGAAGUUUGGAAAGCAGGGAGGACCAAUCCCUGUUGUCCCCACCGCUGACUUCCAGGCCAGAGUCGCUGGAGCUUCUGAGAAGGACAUUGUCCACUCUGGGUUGGCCUACACCAUGGAGAGGUCUGCCAGGCAAAUCAUGCGUACGGCCAGUAAGUACAACCUGGGUCUGGACCUGCGGACGGCUGCGUACGUCAACGCCAUCGAGAAGGUGUUCAAGGUCUACAACGAGGCCGGCAUCACCGUCACAUGAUCACCUUGUCCCAGCCAGACCACUCCCACACCACCCUGCUAUUGGUUCACCCUGUUUCCCCAUUUUCCAAUCAGCCUUCAGGACAUACCAGUGUUUCCAUUAGAGACCCCCGCCUCCCGUUUAUACACACACACUGACACGUACUGUGUUCUGUGUCCCAUGACCUCGCCAUAUCUCCCUGUAUCACGUGGGUAACUCAGUAUUCCUGUGUCCCAUGACCUCGCCAUAUCUCCCUGUAUCACGUGGGUAACUCAGUAUUCCUGUGUCCCAUGACCUCGCCAUAUCUCCCUGUAUCACGUGGGUAACUCAGUAUUCCUGUGUCCCAUGACCUCGCCAUAUCUCCCUGUAUCACGUGGGUAACUCAGUAUUCCUGUGUCCCAUGACCUCGCCAUAUCUCCCUGUAUCACGUGGGUACCUCAGUAUUCCUGUGUCCCAUGACCUCGCCAUAUCUCCCUGUAUCACGUGGGUAACUCAGUAUUCCUGUGUCGUCCUGUUUCACUAUUGUUGUUCAGUUUGUGAAAGAAGCAGAUUGUAGCAGGAAGCUUUAAGACCCCCCCCCCCCCUCCUAUAAGAGUUCCCUUUUGGCCAUUUUGUCUUGUUUGACACUUGUGUUGCCAUUGUUUCAGACCACAACAAUGAAGUUGCCUUAGCUCUGACGGAGCUCUGUACUGAAAAGACACACAUACUGAAAUCCAUUUAAUGUUAACUCCAGACAUAUACUUUAUUUAAAGAAAGAGAUAGUUUUAAACUCUCACUGUAUGUCAGGGAAUGGUGAUAUAUGUGUUCCUCAGUUCUCCUCGCAGCGGGGUUAGAGGUCAGGGCUCAGGGUUGUGCUGAGGAACACAGGGUUCUACUGGGUUUGGUUCUUCGUAAAGCUCUACACCCUUCUCCACUAUAUCAGUCCCCCCACAAGCCCCCCCUACCUUCUGCUCCUAUCUUGUCCAAUCUGACCCUCCCCCAAACCCUCCGCUCCGCCAUGAGAGAGAGAGGAGGAGAGGAUCAUGGGAACAAGCGUUCUCCUUCUCCAAAAAGCCGUCCAAGCCCUUGCACGGAAAUUGCUUGGGGAAAUUUGUAUUGCCUUUUUUUCUUUUUUUGAAAACCAAUAAAAUUCUGAGAACUGA